ACAAAAUUUAAAAUUUCUUGGCCACCCUAAUUACAAUUUGGGCCAAUUUUUGCACUCCCCUACGACGGCCCAGAUCACUUUAACUUCCAAAGAACACUGGACCGCUAGACUCGAAAAUCCUAUAAAGUUGAGAGCGUCCGCGCAAGCCGUCGUCUUCACUCGACUUCCAUUCUCCAGGCAGAGACAACCCUAGACGAGCAACUCUAGGCGAGCUCGUAGAAAUGGGUGAAGAGGCAGCCAAAGGAGGACAGUUGAUUCCAGAGUCAGUAUUGAAGAAGAGAAAAAGGGAGGAGGAAUGGGCUCUGGCAGCAAAGCAACAGCUUGAAGCCAAGAAGAAGAAGAAUGCUGAGAACAAGAAAUUAAUCUAUAAUAGAGCCAAGCUAUAUGCAAAGGAGUAUGAGGAGAAGGAUAAGGAGCUGAUUGAUUUGAAACGUGGGGCGAAAUUGAAAGGUGGAUUUUACGUUGACCCAGAACCUAAGCUUUUAUUUAUUAUUCGUAUCCGCGGUAUCAAUGCUAUGCAUCCAAAGACAAGAAAGAUUUUGCAGCUCCUGCGUCUAAGACAGAUAUUCAAUGGUGUCUUCCUAAAGGUGAACAAGGCAACAAUGAAUAUGCUGCAUAGGGUGGAACCUUAUGUGACUUAUGGAUACCCCAACUUGAAGAGUGUUAAAGAAUUGAUCUAUAAGAGGGGUUAUGGAAAGCUAAACAAGCAGAGAAUUGCUUUGAUCGACAACCCAAUCAUUGAACAGGCUCUUGGCAAGUUUGGCAUUAUUUGCAUGGAAGAUCUUAUCCAUGAGAUCAUGACAGUUGGCCCUCAUUUUAAAGAGGCAAAUAACUUCCUAUGGCCAUUCAAACUUAAGGCACCAUUGGGCGGUCUGAAGAAGAAGCGAAACCAUUAUGUUGAAGGAGGAGAUGCCGGAAACCGGGAAAAUUACAUCAAUGAGAUGAUCAGGAGAAUGAAUUAGACUGUAGCGGAACUUGUGGUAUUAUUAUUUUCUUUUUGAGCUUUGAAGUUUUGUUUCUUUUUGGCAAUGAGUUGAAUUUGUUUUAAAUUUCCCUUUUUGAAGUUGGAUGGCAUUAUUUUCGGUGGCAUAUGGUGCUUUUAUUCUGCGUUUCAUUUUGUUGUGUAAGCUAGAGGUUCCUGCAAUAAUUUUUUUAAUGUUACAUUGCAAUUAUGUGGGUUAGUUUUUAUACAGAUUCUUGAUUGAUUGAUGCA